AUGGAAAACUUCAUUCUUUAUGAGGAGAUUGGCAGAGGAAGCAUGACAGUUGUUUAUAAAGGGCGGCGAAAGGGAACGAUCAAUUUUGUAGCUAUUCUUUGUACUGAUAAGUACAAGAGACCAGAAAUAACCAAUUGGGUCCGUCUCACCCAUGAAAUUAAACACAAGAAUAUUGUAACUUUUCAUGAAUGGUAUGAAACCAGCAAUCAUCUCUGGCUAGUUGUGGAACUCUGCACAGGUGGUUCCUUAGAAAUGGUUAUUGCUCAAGAUGAAAACCUCCCAGAAGAUGUUGUGAGAGAAUUUGGAAUUGACCUGAUCACUGGAUUGCACCACCUUCAUAAACUUGGAAUUCUCUUUUGUGACAUUUCUCCUGGCAAGAUACUAUUGGAAGGGCCCGGCACAUUGAAGUUUAGCAAUUUUUGCUUGGCAAAAGUGGAAGGAGAAAAUUUGGAAGAGUUCUUUGCUUUGGUGGCAGCUGAAGAAGGAGGAGGUGAUGGUGGGGAUAGUGGAAUGAAGAAAAACGUGAAAAGUCGAGUUAAAGGAUGUCUUGUAUAUACAGCACCAGAAAUCCUGAGGGGCGCUGAUUUUUCCAUCACCAGUGAUCUCUGGUCUUUGGGCUGUCUGCUUUAUGAAAUGUUUUCAGGAAAACCUCCGUUUUUCUCAGAACAUUUUUCAGAAUUAAUGGAAAAGAUUUUAUAUAAAGAUCCUUUGCCACCUAUUCCAAAAGAUUCUUCUCUUCCUAAAGCUUCUUCAGAUUUUAUUAAUUUGCUUGAUGGUUUACUUCAAAAAGAUCCUCAGAAAAGAUUGACUUGGACUGGUCUACUACAGCAUUCAUUUUGGAAGGAUUCUUUCACUAGAAAAGAUCAGGACUCAACAAGCAACGAGGAUUCUACCUUCAGCAGAAAUGUGAUGGAGUGUUCUGAGCCACUAGCUGCCAAGGAGCUUUUGAAGAACACUCAAAGUGGACAAGCAAAAGGGCAAAAGAGUGGUCAGCGACUAAAUCGCUCCUUUAGACUAGAAAAUCCAACUGAAUUGAAGCCUAAGAGUACUCUCGGGGGUCAACUGAAUGAGUCCAUGUUUCUUCUCAGUUCUCGUCCUACCCCAAGGACAAGCACUGCAGUGGGAUUAAGUCCUGGUGAUGACAUGACUCAGAAGUCACCACAGAAGACUUCUCCUCUGACAAAGAUUACAAGUGGACACCUGAGUCAGCAUGACCUGGAAUCUCAGAUGAGAGAGCUUAUCUACACAGACUCAGAUCUUGUCGUCACCCCAAUUAUCGACAAUCCGAAGAUAAUGAAACAACCACCAAUUAAAUAUGAUGCCAAAAUAUUGCAUCUGCCAGCAUAUUCAGUGGAUAAGUUAGUAUUUCUGAAAGACCAAGAUUGGAAUGACUUUUUGCAACAAGUGUGCUCACAGAUCGACUCCACUGAGAAGGGUACCGGGGCCUCUCGGGCCAAGCUCAAUCUCCUUUGCUAUUUGUGUGUGGUGGCUGGUCACAAGGAGGUGGCCACCAGGCUCCUCCACUCCCCACUGUUCCAAUUGCUAAUCCAGCAUUUGCGAAUAGCACCAAACUGGGAUAUACGGGCCAAGGUUGCUCGGGUGAUUGGUUUACUGGCUUCACAUGCAACUGAGCUCCAGGAAAAUACACCUGUUAUUGAGGCAAUUACUCUCUUAACUGAAUUAAUUAGGGAAAACUUCAGGAACAGCAGAUUGAAGCAGUGCCUUUUACCAACCCUGGGGGAGCUGAUCUAUCUAGUAGCCACGCAGGAAGAAAAAAAAAAGAACCCUAGAGAAUGCUGGGCUGUUCCCUUGACUGCAUACACAGUGCUAAUGAGGUGCCUUCGGGAAGGGGAAGAACGCAUUGUGAAUCACAUGGCGGCUAAGAUUAUUGAAAAUGUCUGCACUACCUUUUCUGCUCAGGCCCAGGGCUUUAUUACAGGAGAAGUUGGACCUGUCUUGUGGUACUUAUUCAAACAUUCCACUGUUGAUUCUCUUAGGAUAACAGCAAUAUCGGCCUUGUGUAGAAUCACUCGCCAUUCUCCUACUGCCUUCCAGAACGUUAUUGAGAAAGUGGGUUUGAACACGGUGUUAAAUUCCUUGGCCUCUGCCAUCUGCAGAGUUCAGCAGUAUAUGUUGACCUUGUUCACUGCUAUGUUGUCCUGUGGAAUUCAUCUUCAAAGACUUAUCCAAGAAAAGGAUUUUGUCUCCACAAUUAUCCGAUUAUUUGACAGCCCCUCAGCUUCCAUUCGAGCAAAAGCCUUCCUGGUUCUUUUAUAUAUUUUGAUUCAUAAUCGUGAGAUGUUACUACUCAGCUGCCAAGCAAGACUGGUGAUGUACGUUGAGAGAGACAGCAGAAAGACCACUCUAGGCAAGGAGCAGCAGAGCGGCAAUGAAUACCUGUCCAAGUGCCUGGACCUCCUCAUCCAUCAUGUUGUGCAGGAACUUCCACGUAUCCUGGGUGACAUCCUUAAUGCUUUGGCUAAUGUUUCUGGCCGUAAACACCCAUCUACAGUGCAAGUGAAGCAGCUGAAGAUAUGUCUCCCCCUGAUGCCUAUUGUGCUUCACCUGGUAACUUCUCAGAUAUUUCGACCUCAAGUUGUAACAGAGGAGUUCCUUUUCAGUUAUGGAACUAUUCUCAGUCAUAUUAAAUCUGUAGACUCAGGAGAGACUAACAUAGAUGGAGCCUUAGGACUGAUGGCAUCGGAAGAAUUUAUCAAGAUCACAUUGUCAGCUUUUGAAGCAAUAAUUCAGUAUCCUAUAUUAUUGAAAGACUAUCGCUCUACGGUUGUUGAUUAUAUCCUGCCACCCUUGAUAUCCUUUGUUCAAAGCCACAAUGUGGAGUGGAGGCUCUUCAGCUUGCGGUUGCUUUCAGAAACCACAUCUCUACUCGUGAACCAGGAGGUUGGGCAUGACAAGGAGGAGGCAAGCCUCGAUUCUGACAACAAUCUUCUGGCUCUCAUUAGAGAUGACUUACUUCCCCAAUAUGAGCACAUCCUCAUGGAGCCUGACCCAGUACCAGCUUAUGCCUUGAAGCUGCUGGUUGCCAUGACUGAACACAACCCAGCUUUUACCAGGCUCUAUCCAACCAGCAAACUGGUCCCCCUUUUUUUUUAUUUGACACUUGAGCAUCAGGAGAGCAUUCUGGGUAAUACCAUGCAAAGUGUGAUUGCAUUACUCAACAAUCUGGUUGCCUGCAAAGACUCAAAUAUGAAGCUACUUUAUGAACAAG